ACCAGUUCGUUCUUUUACAGGAGAUGAAGGUCAACUGGGCAACUUCUCCAGGAAACACACCGAAACAAGACACGAGCAAACACUAUCACAUAUUCGUAGGCGACUUGAGUCCAGAAAUAGAAACCAUACAGCUCAGAGAAGCGUUCACGCCGUUUGGAGAAAUAUCAGAUUGCCGUGUUGUUCGAGAUCCUCAGACGCUCAAGUCCAAAGGUUACGGGUUUGUGUCUUUCGUGAAGAAAACGGAUGCUGAGAGUGCGAUCACUCAAAUGAAUGGCCAAUGGUUAGGAACAAGAGCCAUUAGGACAAACUGGGCUACCCGAAAACCUGCCAAUAACAGGCCAAAUGAGGGUAGGCAUUAUCUUACCGCGGCAAACUCUAAACCUCUGACGUUUGAUGAAGUUUACAAUCAAUCCAGCCCUAACAACUGUACUGUCUACUGUGGAGGUAUAAACCAAGGACUCACUGAUGAACUUAUGCACAAAACAUUCAUAACCUACGGUCCAAUCCAGGAAAUACGAGUGUUUAAGGAUAAGGGUUACGCAUUUAUCAGGUUUGCCACGAAGGAGGCAGCAACACAUGCAAUAGUCGGCACACACAAUUCUGAAAUUAACAGUCAGAUAGUCAAGUGUUCCUGGGGAAAGGAAACUGGUGAUCCUACCAACCAACAGCAAACCCAAAACCUGACAACCCCUUACACCUACCCCUACCAACAGAUGGGCUACUGGUACCCUCAAGGCUACCCCCCAGUGCAGGGACAGUUUGUGCAGGGAAUGAAUUACCCUUAUGGCCAGUACUACGGGCAAGGAUUCGGUAUGGGGAUGCAGAUGGCUUGGCAGGGAAUUCCGGGACAGCCUCCAAUGGCUGCAGCAGCUGCCCAGAGCCCCAUGGGACAGGGACUUCAACAGCCCAGCGUGAUUGGUGCCUACCCUAUGCAACACUACCAGGCUCAGUAAAGAAGAGAUGAUACCACAACCUCUGUUGCUCACAAUGUGAGGACUUUAAGGGUCGGAGAGAGAGGUGCGUGGAUGCCCAACCCCCCCACCCCGUUUGAAACAAGAAUGUCUUAGGCAUGUACACACCUCUCUCUCUAUUACAUCCGAAGUAGUUGAACUAGGACAGGAAGUCCCCCACCCCCACCCCUCUAAAAGAAAUAAAUAUGUAAAAAGAAUUCAUCAGCAAGUGUUAGAUAAUAGGUACCCUGCCUUAAUCUGAAAUACUGUCACUUCUGAUUGUUUUUUUAAGUGUGAUUCAAGUACACGUUGGAAAAAAAUGAAAGUUAAUAAUGCUGGCAUUCCAUGCUGUAAAGAUAAAGAUAGAACAUUGUUAUUUAUAAAGAGAAAGUAGUACUAUUCAGUAGACAUUGAUUUAUAUUCGUGUAAGAAUAUACAGGUAUUUUUGGAGUAAGGUAGUCGUGUUUACUUGCUUACUUUACCACGAAUGGUGCCCUCCUAGACACAUCAAAGACAAGAACCUUUGUAUUUUCAUAUUCUGAUUGAUUUUCGAAAUUAAAGACCGCCAGAUCCUACCGCGAAGUAGGGCCAAGACAUUUUAAAGAUGUACGUAAACUAUUUCGUAUGCACAAUGUAUACAGUUCUCGUGUAUUUGGUAAGGCUGGAGACGGAUACCAGCUGUUUAGUAAUGUAGUAAACUUAGCUGUUGUAUGGUAGUUUAGAUCUUUGUGCUGUACAGAUACUUGUUUCACCUAUAUUAAAGCACUUUAUAUGUCACUGUGUGUUUGGUAAUCACGACCGCAGACUUGUUAAAAGAUGAGGGCAGCCAGUACGAAAAAUAUCUUUAAGUGAACAGUUGCAAUUUCAUGUGUUAGGCAGGUUUUGUAAAUAAUCUAACAGGUAGUAGAAGCUGAUUUUGUAACGUUUCUACUCGUGUUUACUGUUACUCUGAAAGAUGUCAACUUAGAUCCUUUAAAAAAAAACAACAACAAUAGAUUAGAUUAGGGAACUGUCAGCUUCCAUUUUUUUGUACAAGACGUUUUGAUAAGGGGAAAUGUCCCCCUCCUCAAGAGCUAAAUCUACCUUGUUGAGUGAUUGGAUAUUUUACAGGUGCCAUAGAUUGGUACAUUGGAAUAUUAGUGGGUAGUGCUGAACCUGUCGAUUGGAUUAGGAUUGUAGAUGCAAAGAGAGAGUAAAAUAAAAGUAAUAAAUUUCUAAAGAAGUU